AGAAGGGCGGCGCAGGAAGGUGACGCCGGGGCCGCAGCAGUAGCGAGAGAAGGCGGGAAGGCUGCGCAUCCGGCGCCAUGAGUCUCCUAAACAAGCCCAAGAGCGAGAUGACCCCAGAGGAGCUGCAGAAGCGCGAGGAGGAGGAGUUCAACACGGGGCCCCUGUCGGUGCUGACCCAGUCGGUAAAGAACAACACGCAAGUUCUCAUCAACUGCAGAAACAACAAGAAACUGUUGGGCCGCGUCAAGGCAUUCGAUAGGCAUUGCAACAUGGUUCUGGAGAACGUGAAGGAGAUGUGGACCGAAGUGCCCAAGAGCGGCAAGGGCAAGAAGAAAUCAAAGCCGGUGAACAAGGACCGCUACAUCUCCAAGAUGUUCCUGCGUGGAGAUUCGGUCAUCGUGGUGCUCAGGAACCCCCUGAUCGCCGGCAAGUAGCCGGGGCCUGUCACCUGCCAAGCCAGGUAGACCCUCGUGGAAGGCAGUAAAAACCCAAAAAGCCACUGAUUGUGUUAUCUAUAGUUAACAGUUGUUUUGUAAAUAAAACAGUCCGCU